CUAUCAAUCACUAUCUUGUAAAUUUCUCCUACACCCUACUUUCAAUUCUUCACAAACCAACCAACCACAUUGCUACUACUAUCCCAAUCUGCACACUUCAUUGCAACUGCAGCCCAUUCAAACUAAACCAAACCCUGACCUAUCACAAUCCCCCAAACACCUCACCAUCAUCCACCAGCAACCCAGCACCACCACUUCAUACAAAAGACAAACCCAGGAAAAAGAAAUAAAAUGUCCAAACGCUCACGCAGCACAUCCCCAUCCCCAUCAUCACUCUCACCUUCACCUUCACCUUCACCACAACAUUCCUCCUCACCCACCCGUCCCAAAAUCCCCUCCCUAGAUCCCACAGCCACACCCCCCAACCAAGAAGUCAUGCACUGCUCUCUACCGCCCCAUCGGGAAACCAUCUCGUUCAGUUCCUACGAAGACUACGAGGUGCAUUACCGCCAGACACACGUGAAUCGGUGUUCGCAGUGUGGGAAGAAUUUCCCGACGGAGAGGUUUCUGAAUCUUCAUAUUGAAGAGAAUCAUGAUGCGUUGGUAGCGACGAGGAGGGAGAGGGGGGAGAAGACUUAUGCAUGCUUCGUCGAAGACUGCGAACGCGUAUGCUCUACGCCUCAGAAACGCAGAAUGCAUCUGAUUGAUAAGCAUAUGUUUCAUAAGACAUACAACUUCUACAUUGUCAACGACGGCAUCGACAAGCAGACCUCUCUACUGAGGACUCCGCAUGACCAUCGUCGGCGGUUAUCAUCCGCUGCUACGGGUCCUACUUCUCCGAAGGAAGGCCGGUUACGGUAUCGUCAGACUUCCAUAUCCCAGGCUGAUUCUGGUGCGAGUGCUCAGAAAGGCUCUUCUCCGUCUACUUCUUCUCGACAAGAUGGUGCUGCCCCUGCUGCUCCUGCUGGUGAUGAGGGGAUGGCGGAGCUGGAGAGGUCUAUGUCUGCGUUACGGUUUGUUCCGGCUAGUGUGGUGAGGACUCGGGGGAAGCAGAAGACUUGAUGUUCUUUCUUCUUGGGUGGGGUUAAGAGUCUCUGAGUGGGAUGAAUUUGGGUUUGUUUUGGUGAAAAGUAGUGGGCUACGGCUACUACGGGUGGACUGCUAUGUAUUCUUGAUACCCGUUUCUUGCAACACGCAUCGCUUUUAUUAAUACCCGGUUCAUUCGAUUGGAGAGCGGUCUUGUGGCCGGAUAGAUCAGCCCAUAAAAGCUAAUGGAAGUAGGGAAGUUCGUGGUCACUCCCUGGUCGUCUGUAGACUUCCAGCAGGUGGAAGGCGAGAAACAUGAGCCAACCGAGGUGAUGACGAUACACAAGAGCCGCUCUCCCCCCAGAAAAGAAAACAGAAACAGUUUAUGUACACGGAAGAAACUAUGGAAAUAAAGAUAUCAUAUCCGUGAAGACAUGGGUAUAC